AUGAGAACCUUGGAAAUAGGCAGCUGUUCUUUUGUUGACCUCAGAUUUAUUCCAGAUGAUGUGACAUUUGAUUAUGAGCCAAAGGACGUGGCCUCAGAAGUGGACGGAGCUGCUUAUAAACCAAAGUACUUCACAUCUGCUGCUGUGGCAACAUCAAAGGUAGACAUCACAUGGGACGAAACAGAUCAUGAAAGAGUGACUUCCCUGAGCAGAACUUUUAAAAAAGAUGAACUUCUGGACAUGGACUUCCAGGCUUACCUGGCUUCCUCAAGUGAGGAGGACGAAGAGGCCGAGGAGGAGAAACAUCAACAAGAUGUUGGUGUCACACAAACAGCAGAUAAACAUAAGUCUCACCCCAAGGACGAUGAAGAGCAGAUUGCAAAAUACAGAGAACUUCUUCAGAGCAUCCAGGAAAAAGAAAAGAAGCAUCAAGAAACUGAUAUGGAAAUGGAGAUUAAGUGGAUUCCAGGACUAAAAGAAAGUGCUGAAGAAAUGGUGAGAAACAAAUUAGAAGGGAAGGAUAAACUGACUCCCUGGGAACAAUUUCUAGAAAAAAAGAAAGAGAAGAGGAAACUAAAGAAAAAACAGAAGGCUGAUGCUGAAGAGACACUGACUGAAGAUGAAUGCCCAUCUGAUGUUGAUUGGAAUGAUCCAUACUUUGCUGAGGAACUUGGAAAAACAGGUUUGAAUAAGAAGUUGAAGAAAAAAGGUGAUGCGCCAGAAAAAGAGAACGAUGCAGAAAAACAUAAGGCCGAAAUGUCUCUGCUGGUGAUGGAUGAGGAGGAGGAUGAAAGGAGACACUUCAAUUAUGACAAGAUAGUGGAACAACAGAAUCUGAGUAAGAAGAAGAAAAAGCUAUUAAUGAAAAAGAAGGAACUGUUGACGGAUGACUUCCAGGUAAAUGUUGCUGAUGCCAGAUUCCAAGCCAUGUAUACUUCCCAUUUGUUCAACUUGGAUCCAUCAGACCCCAACUUUAAGAAAACAAAAGCAGUUGAAAAGAUUUUGGAAGAGAAAGCUCGUCGAAGACAGCAAGGGCCAACCACAGCAACUGAGAGAGAGGACAGUGCAUUGGACAGGGAAUCUGCUUCCAGUAAAUCCUUAGAUCCUGCUCUGUCCAUGCUAAUCAAAUCUGUUAAGAACAAAACAGAACAAUUUCAGGCAAGGAAAAAACAGAAAGUCAAAUAAGUGGACCUCUAAAAUUGGUGAAAAACUCUGGACUUUGAAAGAAAUCAGCUGUGUGUUAGACUUAGACACUAACAUAUCCUGAAUCCUUCUCCAUUUUUUCUAUCGAUGAAGGUUGAAAUGCUUAAAAAAAUAGUUGCCACAUUAAUUGCAAAGUUCAUCCUAAAACAAGCAUAACAUAGCUGAUAACUAGUUUUUAUUUAUUAAAAGCAUUUUUUUAUUCUUAUAAUGGAGCAGUUGCUAUUGAUUCUAUGCUUUUGGUGUAAUAAUAUGCUUGAUAUGAUACACAUAUUAAAGAGAUCUGCAAGCAUAAUGGAAUAACUGUAAACAAUGUAUGAAUGCCUAAUUAGAUUGUAUGUAAAUACAGUUACACUGUAUGUAAUUAGUAUAGAUGUAUAUCUUAAAAAUCA